AUGGGCCGAGGGCGACCGAGGCUAAGUGGGCGCUGGUGGCUACUUCUGACUGUGGCCCUGUUACACCGCGAGUAUGGGCGCCCUUCGGUCUUCACAGCGCCAGAGUGCGUAAGGAUCGAUGACUUCAGUCUUGAAAUCCUGCUCUCCAAGGCAUUGUCGAUUGCGGUCAUCGCUGGCUCGUGCAUCGGGAAGAUGCCCCAGGUCCUCGCAGUUUGGCAGGCGAAGUCGGCACAGGGACUUUCCAAGGUGUCCAUUUGGACGGAAGCCGUAAGUAUGGGGGUACAGCUCUCUUACAACAUCGUGCGGCACACGCCCUUGACGACCUACGCCGAAGUUGCCAUACUCUUCCCACAGAUGCUAAUCCUAACUGUCGUGGUCGCGUGGGCGGACGCGAAGCUGGGCCCUCGGGUCUGGAUCGCGUGCGCUUGCCUCUGCACCGGGGUGGUGUUGAUGUCGACUGGGCUGGUUUCCGCCACCGUCACCGCCGCGGCCUAUGGAGUCAUUGCGCUGUUUGGGAUCGUGGCCGUACUACCUCAGGUUGUCAUCAACUACAAGAACAAGUCCACUGGUCAGCUCUCUUUGCUGGUGACCGGAAUGACCUUUGGAGGGAUGGGAGCGCGUCUGUACACCACCUUUGUUGAAGUCGACGACAUUGCGCUACGAGCAACCAUGCUGCUCAACUUCAGCUUGGUUUCAACGCUCAUGAUGCAGUUUGCCAUCUACCGCGACACGCGUCCACUGCCUCCGAAGCCAUCAGAGAUUGAGAUCGACUUGGAACCGGAAUCGCCGGCAGAGAGGAUGACGACCCCGAAGCCGUUCAAGCGCCAGAAUUCCAUGGUGCAG